CCUCUCUCUCUCUCUCUCUCUCUCUCUAGAGUGCGCGUGCUUUCGAGGCCACACAUCUGAGACAUUCUCUGCACCCGACGCCUCAAUCUCCACGCCUCUUUCUCUCACUCCUUUCCUUUUUAUCUCUUAUAAAAAACAAAAGAAAAGUUAUAGAUUAUGGAGAGCUCUCCAUAGAGAGGGGGAGGAGCUAAGGAUGGGAGAGCAGUGAACGUGUAGCUUUAACUACAACGGGUGGAUGGGGUCUGAGUUAUUUUAAUGACUCUUCGAGAAGAGCGUAGAGGAAGAAGAAGAAGUGGGCAAACACUUAUUAAUCAAUUCCAAGCGCACGCUCGCUCGCUCCCUCCCUCCCUCAUCAAAAAGAGCUCCGCUCCUCGAAUCCAGCAGAGGCUCCAAUCCAUCGACCGAGCUCUCUCUUGCUCUCUAUCUUACUCGUUCUUCUUCAUCUUCACUCAUCCGAUCGACCACCGGGGGUUGCUUCCGAUCCGAUCCAUCGCGCUCGAGGACGAGUGCUGAGGAUAUAAAUGCAUAGAAGGGUUGCUCCUAGAUCGGUAGCGGCAUGCUUGCCGUGGUAGAGAGAGAAAGCGCCUUCUUCCGUCCGUAUUCUAGUGAGAUGCCUCUCCGGCCGAUGGCGAAGGACCCCAAGGGGGAGAAGCAUGUGGUCUUCAAGAAGCCGCUUCAGAACACCAUGAACCAGCAGAAGUUGGAAAAUGAGUUGCCGUUGCAGGAAGCGAAGAAGAAUGCGGGGAGGAGGCGGGGAAGAGGCAAAGGGAAAGCUGUUGAGAGAGCGGUCAGGCCGGAGGUGGAGAUGGGUCUCGCUGCUGGCCCUCCUGUCUCGAGUAAAGGUUUGGUGUUCCAGCGGCGGCCGGGGUUUGGUCAGGUUGGUACCCGGUGUAUUGUGAAGGCCAACCAUUUCCUUACGGAAUUGCCCGACAAGGAUUUGAACCAAUACCAUGUGGCAAUUACGCCUGAAGUACACUCCCGGAGAAUGAAUCGUGCUGUUAUGGCAGAGCUAGUGAGACUCUACAGAGAUACAGAGUUGGGCAUGCGGCUCCCUGCUUAUGAUGGAAGGAUGAGUCUAUACACAGCUGGCUCCCUGCCUUUCGAUUCGAAGGUGUUCACCGUAAAAGUUGCCGAGGAGGACGAUGGGACGGGGAUUUUUAGAGAAAAAGAGUAUAGGGUGGCUAUCAAGUUUGCUGCUCAUGCAGACCUUCAUCAUCUGCGCCAAUUUAUCGGUGGGAAGCAAGCUGAUGCUCCGUAUGAAACGCUGCAGGUUCUUGAUGUAGUCUUGAGGGAAUUAUCAAGUCAAAGGUACGUAUCUAUUGGGAGAUCCUUCUAUUCUCCUGACAUUCGAAAACCACAGAGGCUGGGUGAUGGGUUGCAGUCAUGGUGUGGUUUCUACCAGAGCAUCAGGCCAACUCAAAUGGGUCUCUCUUUGAAUAUUGACAUGUCAUCUACGGCUUUCAUUGAACCACUCCCUGUGAUUGAGUUUGUAGCUCAAAUUUUAGGGAAAGAUGUAAUAUCAAGACCACUAUCCGAUGCUGAUAGAAUCAAGAUCAAGAAAGCUCUUCGGGGUGUAAAAGUUGAAGUGACACAUAGAGGAAGUGUGAGGCGGAAAUACCGAAUUUCAGGACUGACAUCACAACCUACCCGCGAAUUGAUAUUUCCUGUUGAUGAUCAGAUGAAUAUGAAAUCUGUAGUUGAAUACUUCAAAGAAAUGUAUGGGUUUACAAUUCAGCAUUCUCAUCUUCCUUGUCUUCAAGUGGGAAACCAAAGGAAAGCAAAUUAUCUGCCAAUGGAGGCUUGCAAAAUUGUUGAGGGUCAGAGAUACACAAAGAGAUUGAAUGAAAAGCAGAUAACUUCCUUACUGAAAGUGACAUGCCAAAGGCCUAGAGAGCAGGAGAUGGAUAUAUUACAGACAGUUCACCAAAAUGGGUAUGAGCAAGAUCCCUAUGCAAAGGAAUUUGGGAUCAACAUCAGCGACAAACUUACCUCAGUGGAAGCGCGAGUUCUUCCUGCACCAUGGCUAAAAUACCAUGAUACUGGAAAAGAGAAGGAGUGUUUGCCUCAGGUUGGUCAAUGGAAUAUGAUGAACAAGAAAGUGAUAAAUGGAUGUACAGUGAAUUACUGGGCUUGUAUUAACUUUUCAAGAAGUGUCCAAGAAAGCACUGCUCGGGGGUUUUGCCAGGAGUUAGCACAGAUGUGCCAAAUAUCCGGCAUGGAUUUCAACCGUGAACCUGUUAUCCCGAUCUAUUCUGCCAGGCCAGAUCAGGUAGAAAAGGCUCUCAAACAUGUUUACAAUGCAGCACUAAACAAGCUCAAGGGGAAAGAGCUUGAACUUCUUUUAGCCAUCCUUCCCGACAACAAUGGUUCUUUAUAUGGUGAUCUGAAGCGAAUAUGUGAGACAGAUUUAGGAUUGAUAUCUCAGUGUUGCUUGACAAAGCAUGUUUUCAAGAUCAGCAAACAAUACUUGGCAAAUGUCUCUCUUAAAAUCAAUGUGAAGAUGGGAGGAAGAAAUACUGUACUUCUAGAUGCUAUAAGUUGGAGAAUUCCCUUGGUCAGUGACAUACCGACUAUAAUAUUUGGUGCUGAUGUAACUCAUCCUGAAACAGGAGAGGAUUCUAGCCCAUCAAUUGCUGCCGUUGUUGCUUCCCAAGACUGGCCUGAAGUUACGAAGUAUGCUGGACUAGUGUGUGCACAGGCUCAUAGGCAAGAACUGAUUCAGGAUCUGUUCAAGACCUGGCAUGACCCUCAGCGGGGAGUAGUUACAGGUGGCAUGAUCAGGGAGCUUUUAAUUUCUUUCAGGAAAGCAACUGGACAGAAACCAUUAAGGAUUAUAUUUUAUAGGGAUGGUGUAAGUGAGGGUCAGUUCUAUCAGGUCCUUCUGUACGAAUUAGAUGCUAUUCGGAAGGCUUGUGCAUCCUUAGAACCAAAUUACCAGCCUCCUGUGACUUUUGUGGUGGUCCAAAAGCGCCACCAUACCAGACUAUUUGCUAACAACCACAAAGACAGAAGUAGCACAGACAAGAGCGGAAAUAUCCUGCCUGGCACUGUUGUUGAUUCUAAGAUAUGUCAUCCAACAGAGUUUGACUUCUAUCUCUGCAGUCAUGCUGGUAUCCAGGGAACUAGCAGGCCAGCGCAUUACCAUGUUUUAUGGGAUGAAAACAAUUUUACAGCAGAUGAAAUGCAGACACUAACAAAUAACCUUUGCUAUACGUAUGCUCGCUGUACGCGGUCUGUUUCUGUUGUUCCACCAGCAUACUAUGCGCAUUUAGCUGCAUUUCGAGCACGCUUUUAUAUGGAACCAGAGGUACAACAAGACUCGACAUCGAAAGCAACUCGCACAGCUCAUGGGCCCUCCGUGAAGCCCUUGCCUGCGCUGAAAGAGAAUGUGAAGAGGGUUAUGUUCUACUGUUGACCAGGAAUUAGAGAGGGGAAGAGCAAGAGAAUAAGUGGCGUGAUUUGUAAAUUGAUGUUGUAGUUAUGAUGUAGAGGCUCCCCGGUGAAGCUUGCCGAGGGACUUAGAUGCCUGUACACUAGCUAGGUAGGUCGGCCGAAUCUGAGAGUUGUUUAUUGUUCCCUUGUUGCUCACAUUGCUUGUUUUUAAUCCUAAUCUCAAGGGGACUCUGUGGGGUAUUAGCGUUAUUUCUUCAUGUAGAAGCAUCUCAUUCACGGCCAUUUCCCUAAAGUAGCUGUUAAUAUCAAGUAGAAUAGUUCUAUA